AUGGUUGAAAGAAUCAAUAUAGCAGAUUCAUGGCAAGAUGAUUUGGAGCGUAUGAGUAUACAUGAUACUUUAUCCCGAGAAUCCUCUCAACUUGACCAACAUCGAUUUCAGCAUCGACUAGAUCAACGCGAAGAUCAUAAAGACGAUUUAUACCCAAAUUAUGAAUCACCAGUGACACUCAGAUACCGGGAUUCUAUCAGUUCAAACGCAUCAUCUUCACUAUCAAGAAACUCGACUAUAUCCUCAACAGAGACUCGUUACUUUAGUGCAAUGGGAUCUCCACCUUUAUCGAAUGCACAUGCAUCGCCUUUAAGACUUCAUACGACAUGGAAUGGCAAUGACCCUACGCAUGCACCUAUACCAACGCCUUUAUCCAUCGCGGGCCCACGAUUGGAAACUCCAAACAGUUUAUCUCCUGUCAAUUUACACUUCUCUCCGCACAGUAUUACACCUCCCGUGGAAUCCUAUCACCAGAAGCGACUGACAUUAAAGAGAUACUCAUCUGUUAUUGACCCAAAUGGAUGUUUUGUUCCUAGCAAACCAUUGCCAUUCAUACAAAAAACCGACGUUACAAAACACCAUUAUGUGAUACCCACAUUUGCCAUGGCAGGCCAAAGUCAAGCAGAGAUCAUGGAGCUGCUAUUCAAUCACACCGAUAAUCAUCCAUUCGCACCAAAAGAAGAAUACGAAAGAACCAUACCAUGGCAUAUUGACCGCAACUCUUCGUUAAUCACACUAUCUCAGUACACAAGCUUGGGUCAAGAUAAUCCUGUCUCUCGAAAUUACCUGUUAGGACUAGGCCAAAGAUUAGGCAUCACAACCAUCCUCGUCAUUGUUUCCAUUGAAGUCAUUGGCACUGUAUAUCCUUUAUUGAACAAUCUGUUGAAAGCAAUGGAAAUCAAUACCAACCCCCAAAAUCUAGUACAAGCAGAUCAGCCUUCCUGGUGGAGUCGUGUCGUGCUUGUCGUCAAUCAGCAACAUGGUGUCAAUGAUCAAACCGCCUAUGCCCAGCGCAAAGCUGUACUAGUAGAAGAGAUGCCUCGCAUUCAAGAGAGAUAUCGAUUGUCGCAGCCAUUAUCCAUACUCUUCAUCAGUACUCAGGUGUAUGAUCAGAUAAAAAAUACAGAAGAAGGCGUCAAUUACAAGUUGUGUUGUCAAAGAAUCCUGUGGCAAAUGAUGGAAAAGCACAUGCUGACAGGUCGGUGGUGCAGUGAAUUGCUGACGCUUCAAAACAGGCUCAACAAUAACAGCAGCAACAGUGGCACCAGCUUGCUCAAUGUAUUGAAUGAGGAUGAUGAGAGCAGUUCCAGCAGUGAUGAAGCUAUAUUCCAGACUGUCAUUGACUAUGUUGAUGGCAAAAUCAAGAAACCAGAGAAGAAGAAGAAGAAGAACAAAAAGAAAGCCUUUGACACACAAGAUGCAAAACACACUUCUCUACAGAGACGGUCUACAAGACGCCAAACGCAAAAACUGCAUUGCUAUGAUGACGAUGAUGGUUCAACACUUCCUUUACCCAUUAGACAUCAUAUCAACUAA